GUUGAGUGGACCUGAGUGAUCAGAGCAGCGCUUCCUCAGUGAAGACCAAACCGAAAGUAACUCUGAGGAAAGUAACGGUAACAUGUCGCCAUCAUAGUCCGAGAGAAGAUCCCCCAGAUCAGCGCUCUGGACUCAACACGGUUGAUAUUAACACCCUGCUUAUAAGGUCCAUGAUGGAACCUCCACUGAACACUGAAAAAGAGACCAGCUGUGUGUCUAUGAAGAGUGACCGGUCCAUGUGGCUACCUCCUGAAUUCAGCAAUGGAGGAGGACCCAGCUGUGUGUCUAUGAAGAGUGACCGGUCCAUGUGGCUACCUCCUGAAUUCAGAAGAGGAGGAAGAGAAACCAGCUGUGUGUCUAUGAAGAGUGACUGGUCCAUGGGGAACCCUCCUGAAUUCAGAAGAGGAGGAAGAGAAACCAGCUGUGUGUCCAUGGGGCAGUCUCCUGGUUUCAGCAGUGAACCUGUGUCCUCUGACCCAGAGCUGAACGCCACAGAAACAGCACUACAGAUAAACACUGAAAACCUGCAUCUGGAUUCUUAUCAACCAGAGAACGACGUCCUGAACAGAGUCUUAGAGAGACACAAAACCAGCAUGAAGAACAAGUACGAGAGCUUAUUUGAGGGAAUCAAAACUGAAGAGAAUAAAACCCUCCUGAACAGGAUUUACACACAGCUCUACAUCAUAGAGGGAGAGAGUGAAGGAGUGAAUGAAGAACAUGAGGUUCUACAGAUGGAGAAAACAACCAGGAGACGCUUACAAGACAUUCCAAUCGACUGCUUAGAUAUCUUUAAACAUCUACAAGGUCCAAAAGGAGAAACGGAUCAAAACAAGAUCAAAACAGUUCUGACUAAAGGAAUCGCUGGAAUUGGAAAAACUGUCUCUGUGCAGAAGUUCAUUCUGGACUGGGCUGAAGGAAAAACAAAUCAGGAUGUAGAUUUCAUGUUUGUGCUUCCGUUCCGGGAGCUGAACCUGAUUAAAGGCGAUCAAUACAGUCUUCAUGGACUUCUGUGUGGUUUCCAUCCUGAGCUCAAAGAUCUGGACCCAGAGAUUUAUGAUCAGAUCAAAGCUGUGUUUAUAUUUGAUGGUCUGGAUGAAAGCAGAAUUCCACUGAACUUUGAACAGUGUGAGAAAGUAUCUGACAUCACCAUGACAUCAUCAGUGGGAGUGUUGAUGACAAACCUCAUCAAAGGAGAGCUGCUUCCCUCUGCUCUGAUCUGGAUAACCUCCCGACCAGCAGCAGCCAAUCAGAUCCCUCCUAAAUACAUCAACUGUGUGACAGAAAUUCAGGGAUUCAAUGACCCACAGAAGGAGGAGUACUUCAGGAAGAGGAUCAGUGAUGAAGACCAAGCCCAGAGAAUCAUCUCCCACAUUAAGACAGUGAGGAGCCUCCACAUCAUGUGCCACAUUCCAGUCUUCUGCUGGAUCUCAGCCACUGUUCUUCAGAGAAUCAUGAAACAGCGUCACACAGAAAUCCCUAAAACUCUGACUGAAAUGUACUCACACUUCCUGAUCACUCAGACCAACAUGAAGAGCGAGAAGUAUGAGGAGAAACAUGAGAGAAACCCAAAGAAGCUGCUGGAGUCCAACAGAACCAUGAUACUGAAACUGGCCAAACUGGCUUUCAACCAGCUGAUGAAGGGCAAUGUGAUGUUCUAUAAAGAGGACCUGAGAGAGAACGGCAUUGAUAUUACUGAUGCCUCAGUGUAUUCUGGGAUUUUCACUGAGAUCUUUAGGGAGGAAUGUGUGCUUUUCCAGAAGAAGGUCUACAGCUUUGUUCAUCUGAGCUUUCAGGAGUUUCUGGCUGCUGUCUUUGUAUUUCACUGCUACGAGAACCAGAUCAUGGAGCCUGUGCAGUGUUUAAAACCAAGAAAUACACUAAAUGGGUUUUUAAACUCACAAUACAGAGGGCGGUCUAAGAAAGUUCCACUCUAUAAGCUGCUGGAGGGAUCACUGCAUAAAGCCUUAGAGAGUCAGAAUGGACACCUGGAUCUUUUCCUCCGUUUUCUACUGGGCAUCUCACAAGAUUCAAAUCAGACACUCCUACAGGGUCUACUGAGACACAAACAGAGACCACCAGAGACAAUUAAAGAGUACAUCAAGGAAGUAAUAAAUAAAGAUCACAUCUCAACUGAAAGAUCCAUUAAUCUUUUCUUCUGUCUGUCUGAAAUGAAUGACCAGACUCUCUUCAGACAGAUUGAGGAGUAUCUAAAAUCAGAGAAACACUCAGAGGAGAAACUCUCUCCUGCACAGUGUUCAGCAGUAGCCUAUAUGAUCCUGAACUCAGGAGAGGUGAUGGAUGAGCUGGACCUGAAGAAAUACAGGACAUCAGGGGAGGGUUAUAGGAGACUGAUCCCAGCUGUGACCGUCUGCAGAAAAGCCCUACUUGCUGGCUAUAAUCUCAACAGGGACUCCUUUGAAACUGUCUGUUCUGCUCUACAAUCAGCAAACUGCCCCCUCAAAGAUCUGAACCUCAGUUCCAAUGACCUGCAGGAUACAGGAGUGGAGCUGCUCUCUGCUGGGCUGAGGAGUUCACACUGCAAACUGGAGAAACUCAGAUUAGCAUCCUGUAAGCUUGGUGCGAAGCUUGUGAAAUUCUCAGCUCUAUUCUGCAAUCAGCAAACUCCUCUCUGAAAGAGCUGGACCUCAGUAGCAAUGACCUCCAGGACUCCGGAGUGAAGCUGCUCUCAGUGGGAUUGAAGAGUUCACACUGUAAACUGGAAAUACUGAGGUAACAAAAUAAUUAAAAACAC